AUGGGCAAGACACCGAGCGGAAAGAAGGCCGCCGCUGCUUCGAAGAAGGACCGAUUGGUGACCAAGAAGGCAGAGGCUGUGAGGCGCGAACAGCAACAAGUGCUGUCGUCUCAGAAACAGAAUGUGGCCUUGAUGCUGGACCAGCUGGUGGACUGGUGCGAGUCUCACCCCCGUGGCCUGGAACACAUUCAUAGGUCCGUCAUGCUAGGGUCGUAUGACGCUCUGGACAGGAAGGGUGCCUUGCAAGACGACGAGGCAAACACUCGCCUUCCGAGCUACAUGAAUAAGUUCCGGCUGUUGAACGCGCCCCUCGCCUUGGAAGUCUUGGCCUUGGUGGUUCCAGCGGUGGCUGCGUUCUUGGAGAAGCUCAUGAAGAAGGGAGCCAAGAUCAACAAGUUCCAGAUCACGGAGAUCGUCGCCUUCGUCUUGCACGUGGAUCUGCGAUCCGCAUUGCCCAGCAAGCACAAAGGCCAGCUGCUCGAGUGGUGCAAGACCAGAAGCGAAGAGACGGACAGUCCUCUGAAGUCUUGGUCUUCGACUUCGGAGCCGAAGUGCGAGACAUGGGAGGACUUUCAGAAGCACCCGCUCUACAGGUACUGGAACUUUGAGCACGACAGCAAGGACGAGGACCAAUCGACGUUCGGGAUGGUGCGGUACCUGCAGACGGACAUUCGCCUUCGCCUGCCAAAGGAGAUCCGCGGAUUCCCGCUCAAGGCACCCCACCUCUUCUACACCAACUUCGUCAACGGGUGCAUAAACAUACCGAUGACACAUGUCAUGCAGGCGAACGAUGGAGAUGAUUCUGCGCUUCCGGAGCAGCCGCUCUUUUUCGAUGCGGUGCCAAAUGCACCCGCGACGAAGCUGCACACGCCGGAGGAGCAGAAGCCGGAGCCGUCUACCCCGCCGAAGAAGAACAAGAAGGGCCGCAACGAUCCGAAGACUCCCGAAAGCUGCCGCUCGUCGAAGAGUGAUCCCGUGAGCCCGCCACAGAAGACACCGCCUUCGUCUUCCAAGCGCAAGCGCUGA